ACAAUGUAAAAUAAUUGACUUGGUUGUGAAAGUCUAUUUUUUUGCAUUCUGAGGUGUCAAUUUUGAUUCAGACUGAAUUAAUAACAAUUCUGAAGGGAAGAAAGCAAAUAUUUUGGUUCCUCUCAAAACGUUAUUGAGUCACGUGACUCAAUCUGAGUCACGUGAGAAGAAGUUGGGGAGAAGUGCUUGGAGAGCUUCGUCCAUUUUGGCAUGGGGAAGAAGGAAUGAUUAACGUCCUAGCACGUCAUCAAAGAAUAAACCUGCGGUUGGAUGUGGAAAUGCAAAGAAUGCAGCAAGCAUUUUUCAAGAAGAUCUGAGAUACUGAAACACUUGAGAAUUGACCAUCGGUUUCACGGUAGGCGGCGUCCCUAUCCAUGCAUCCACGCACAAUGUCCCUGUUCGUCCAAGACAUGGAAUGGUCUUCAGAAACAUCUCUCUAGAAAUCAUCCUUCUCUGGAGUCCCAACAAAGACACUCUUCUUUCAAGUGUUACAUUUGUGGAAACAAUCAGCUUUCUACUGAGCACGUUUUUUUUCCAACAUAUCUAUGAACAUCUGAGAAAAUAUGAAGUAGUCCCAUGUAUGUUUGAUGGUUGCUCAUACAAAACCAACAUAUACAGCAGUUUCCGGAGCCAUAAAUGGAGAAAACAUCAGUCAUGCACCAUUAAUGACUUUAAAAGAGGAAUAGUUGUCACGUCACUCAUUUCCAAUCCAUCUGACUAUGACUUGAAUGAAGAAAUAGAGCUAACCACUGAAGAGUCAAGAGAUUUGGAAAAGGAAGUUGAACUGAAAUUAGCUUCACUUUUACUUAAAUUAGAACAUACAUAUUUAGUCUCGGCUACAGCUGUAAAUGAAUUGCUUGAGGAGCUAGAACAUCUCAUUGGAGAUGUCUCUGUGCCGGGUAGUAUAGCAGCAAUUAACCAGCAUUUGGAAGAUAAUAAUUGUCAUGUGGAAGCAUCUGUUGUUCAACAAUUGGCCACUUUUCUUUGUUCUUCACACCCAAUUCAUAAAGCAAUAGGGAAACAAGGGCCAUUGUCUACUAGUUGGAAACGGAAGUCAUAUUAUAAAAGAGAAUUCUGCGUAGUGUCUCCCUUGGAAUACAUUCUUGAUAAAAGAAACCAAAAAUCAUUGCAGUUUGUAUCUGUGCUGAAAACAUUGCAGCAAAUUCUAAAUUCUGAUGUAAUUCUGGCAAAAACUGUGCAUUUGAGAGAGAGAUAUCAGUCACCAGAGAGCGAUCAAACAGUAUAUAGUUGUCCUUUUGAUGGUGAUUUUUUCAGAAACAACACACUUCUGUCUGCAGACUGUGCCAUUUCACUAAAUCUUUAUGUUGACGAGUUUGAAAUCUGCAACCCAAUUGGGACAUCACGGAGAAAACAUAAAAUCUGUGCCUUCUAUUGGACUUUAGGCAAUCUGAUCCCUGGUUGUCAGUCUUCACUGUCAUCAAUUUACUUGGCUCUUCUAGUCAAAAGUGAUGAUUUGAAAGUGUAUGGCUAUGAGACUGUACUUGAGCCACUCAUAAGUGAUUUAAUUUCAUUAGAAGAGCACGGUGUCUUUUUGCAGAAGUUAGGGAAAUGUGUUAGGGGAACGAUCCAGUGUGUGAUAGCCGAUAACCUUGGAGCACAUGGUAUCGCUGGGUUUGUUGAAAGCUUUUCAAGUGGUCACCUGUGUCGAUUUUGUACAGCAUCUAGAUCAGAAAUUCAAACUAAAACUGUAGAUAGUGGAGCGUUUACAUUAAGAACAGAACAGAUUCACUCAGAACACCUUAAAAUCCUUGAACAAGAUUCUCUAAGUAAUUUCUGUGGUGUCAAGAAGAGAUGUGUCCUCUCUGAGAAACUCAGUCAUUUCAAAGUUACCACGGGUUUCCCCCCAGAUUUGGUCCAUGAUUUAUUUGAAGGAAUCGUACCGGCAGAGAUUGCGCUUUGUCUUUCUGUUUUCACAUCCAAGAAGUACUUUACUCUUGCAUAUUUAAAUGAGUCUAUACUAGCUUUCCCCUUUAAGUGGACAGACAAAGUUAAUUGUCCCCAUCCAGUGCCAUUGAACUUUGCAUCUCGAAAGACAAUAGGAGGCAAUUCUCACGAAAACUGGAGUCUCUUAAGGUUUUUCCCAUUCCUUGUCGGUCAAAAGGUACCUGUGAAUGAACCAGCAUGGAAAAUAUUGGGUGACUUAAAAGAUCUAGUUGAGCUUAUUGUCUCACCUGUCCAUACAGAGGAAUCAAUCGCAUAUUUGAAUUUCAAGAUAUCAGAGCACAGAGUUCGACUUCAAGAGGUUUUCCCAGACUACCGUCUACUGCCUAAGCAUCAUCUUUUGGAACAUUAUCCUCAGCUAAUUCGUAAAUUUGGACCAUUAGUCUGUCUUUGGACUUUGAGAUAUGAAGCCAAGCACAGUUUUUUUAAAAGAGUUGUUCGUUACUCAAGAUCUUUCAAGAAUGUUUUGCUGUCUUUGGCGGAGCGACACCAAUUUCAUAUGGCACAGCAGAUAUUUAUGUACCCUCAAAAACCUCUUCUGGAAGUGUCAACUGUCUCAACUCUUUCUGUUGAUGUGUUAAAAGAGCAUAUUGCACAAGCUAUACGGCUCAAGCACCCAACAAUGGAUAAUGUGUGCCUGGCUAAAAGUGUCACUUUCAGUGGAUUCAACUACAGAAAUGGAAUGAUACUUGCACAUGGGUCUUUGGAAGGGAUUCCAGAAUUUACUGAGAUCAUCCACAUGUUUAUUCUGAAGGAGAGACUUUUUUUCAUUGUUAAGAAACUGAGAGUGUGGCACUGGGAACACUUCAGGGCCUUCGAAGUUGAAGUGAGCCCUACCAAUGACAUAAUACUUGUGGAAUCGGAUCAACUGACUGAUCCAUAUCCCCUGGUAGCUUACACUGUGGGAGGAGUGCGUUUCAUUACCCUGAAAAGAUAUAUUCAAAUUUAAGGUUUUGACUCCAGCUUCCUGAACGUCACUGACUGUCAGGGCAUCUACAUCAACAACUUGAGAUCCAACUUUGCAAUAUGGCCACUCCCGUCCGACUCCUCAUCUUGUUGGGUGACGAAAGCGCUGAGAGGAUGGAAUUAUCAAGGGUGCCGGACACAGUUGAAGAGCUCAUUGAACAGGUCAAAAAUGUAUGCAAACUUUCUGGAGACAUCAGGCUGCAGUACAAGGAUGAUGACUUUGGUGGAACAUUUGUUAACUUGAGCGCAACGUCCAUGAUCAAAGACCUUACUACAAUCAAGAUCAUACAAGCUGCUCCUGAUAUUGUUCUGAGUUUCAUUGAAAGUGUCCCAUCUGAUCUGAGUGACUUAGACACAAGCCUUGCCUCACGAAACACUGAUACAGAUGACACCAUCAUACUCAGCCAGAGCUCUGACAGUGAGGGACUGAGAAAAGAGCCGUGGCCAAAGGAAUUCAUCAUCCCGCCUUUCUCCCUCGAAACAGAAGGUCUACUUCAGAGAGGAAAUGCAGAAUAUGCACAGAACCAAACCAGACUGACACCUUCAUCAAAAAUGCUGUCCGACAUACUGGAAAGAUUGGCAGAGAAGAUUUUUUCCUACAAGGCUUACCCCACUGAUGCAGACCUGAGUGAUGUUGCAGAGGCUCUGACACGGAAACAUCCCUGCUUGAGACAACCAGACUCCUUCAAUGAGAGUUAUGGAUGGAAACUGAAGCUCAAGUGCAAGAUGAGCAACUACCGCACUCAGCUGAGGUCACAUGGACUUUCGUCUGAGCUCAUGGUGAACACACUGAAAUCCAAAUCACGAGAAGAUGCUACUCCCUUCCCAGCAAAGAAUGUGAAAAAGGCGAGAAGAGGGGAGACCAAUUACUAUCCUCAACCCAGCGGAGACAGUCCAGAAAACCUUGAGAAAGAAAGAGCAUCUCUUCUGACUGAAAUAAAGAUAAGAAACAAUGAGAGAACCAUACGGGAGAAGAUGGCCAGGACUUUUCAGUUCAGGAGGCAAGAGAUUGUGGAUCAGAAGCCAACCAUCGAGAACCUCAUGGAAAGAUGGCCAGCUUUAUUUCAGAUGGAAGAGGUUGAUGCAGAGUUUCUGCGGGUUACUGCAGUUCCCCUCCUGACCAGAUUUAUGGCGCACCUGGACAAGCACUCCCCGCAGCUGCUGAAGAUCUUCAGAAAGAAAGGAGGGAUCACUAAAGCAAAAAACUGCCACGAUCCUUGAGUUUCUUGACCAGGGUGCUGAUGCAGAUUGCAGAAGGGAGUGUAUCCUCAAAGCUCUCAUCAUCUACCUGGGAGAACAUGUUGAGGACCUUAUAAAGGAAUACAUGGUCUCCCAGAAAGAUCAAGCCGAGCAGGAGCUGGAGAGGACCAUCAUGGCAGUCUUCGUCUUCAGAGAGAAUUCAAGCCUUCUACAGCAGCCUGAAGACGUUGGGAUUGUCAUUGAUGGUGUGGAAGUCCUCAAUGAGCUGCCUUCUGUUGCAGCCGGAGUGGCAAUGCUCUUUGGACUUUGCUAUGCUCUUAACAUGAAGUAUCCACAGGGUUUCAGGUUCACCUUUGAGGCCCUU